AUGCCCGUCGUCCUCAUUCCCUUCUCAGUAGCCGGCAGUCGAUUUGGCAUGAACGUCGCGCAUGAUGCAGCGACAUUCCGACUAGACACGGCGACAUUUCCCGAUAUUCAGGGCUCAACCAUCACUUCAACCCCGUCUUCCAGUACUUCGCACCUGAAUCUUCAGACUUGGGCUGAAGUAGUGAAGCACGGCGUGCUACCCGGGUCGAAGAAGAGUAGGUCGCUGUGGGAUGCAAGGAAUCACGAGCUAUGCUUACAAAUUACAGUGCCCAGAUACAUCAAAGGCGAGCCGUGGAUACUAGAGAGCGAUGCAGUCGCAGACGUCUACGAAGCCCCUGCCAUCAAGCCGAAGUUUCACCGAUUCCUUGAGUUGCCUACUGAACUCCGCCUCGAGAUCUGGAAACUUACCCUCGAUGUCGAUACGAACGUGAUGGAAGUGCGCAAGGCAGUCAGGAGGGGCAAUAACCCCGCUCGACCCGGGUUUCUUCCCCAGUUCUGCUAUACAUCGCGACGAACCUUCGACGAGACGGUCGCCACCGUUAUCGGGAAUUCGCAGAUGAUGAUUUGCUCAUACGCCGACAACCAGUUUGCACGCGCGUUCCUGGCCGCAGAGACGAGCCGCUUUGACCUCGUUCGUCACUUGGACUUCAGGUUCUUCAGCCGCUUCAAGGAAGAGUUCGGUGUGAACGCUGAUCUAGAACUUGCUUUCGAAUGCAAGGGUCUGCGUACCAUCAAGCUUAACUUCCACUGCAGCGAUCUGAUCAGGCUGGAAAUCGAGGAUGGCUACGACUACUACGAAGACGAUUUCACCCGUUACCCUGCCGAGGGUGAGGAGCUGUUCAACAAAUACAAGCUUGCUCGGAUAUUAGACUUCGACGCGCUCAACGCAGUCAUCAUUGAGCACUCAGGGUGUUACUGUCGAAUGGCCGUGGAAGCGGCCGAGAGCUUGGGGAGAAUCAUAGAACAGAAGUUCGCAGGCAAAGUCCCGAAGCAGAUCGUAAAGCUUGCCUACACUCGUCAGCCGACCAGACUUCGUGAAAACAACACUUUUGGCUGGAGUGUAUGA